AUGAUGCUUGACCUUCUGUCUUCUGAAAUUAUAGGAAGCGAUUUAAACGAAAGACAAUUUGAGAUUGGUGCCGAACCACAUCACUUGUAUGCUCGCGUUUUAAAUGUGAAAAUGGCUGAAAAUUUUUGCUAGGGCUGGCUAGCUAAUGUAUAUAGUAUUGUACAUUAGCUACCUAACUCGGCUGUGGACGUGCAGUUAGCGUUAAAGCUAACAGGCGUUAGCUAGAGUGAGCUAUCCGAGUUCCCUGUGAUGCUAGCUAAAUUUAAAUACAAAAGGCAUUACUUGACGUGUCAACUCGAUAGAUAACACUAGCCAAUGAAAUUGCUAGCUUGUGUGUUUAGCGUAUAGCUUCCUAGCUAGAUAUCGAAGCUACUCCUGCAAUAAUAGAUUGCUAGCUCGCAGUGGGCGUUAGUUAGCUAGUUAGCUAGCAGUAGUCGGUCAUAACUCCGCUAAUUUACCCUGGAAACGUCAGUGGUAUUAAACUGGUUUACUUGCCAAUGUUACAUGCCUUUUCACAUAACUUGAGCCAGAACAACAGAAGUAGCAAUGAUCAGCUCGGAGCUAGCCAAAGUUAGGUAGCUAGCUAGUAAAUACAUUUUACUGCGUAACGGUGGCUGCACGACCACAGCCUCCAUGUCUUCUGAACAGACCCCUUUUCCUGCUGGUGGUAACGUUACGGGGCUUCUUCGUGGGAAUCGAACCAGGUCUUACGGUAGUCUGGUACGCUCUCCUCUGUCACCAGUGCGACAGGGGUUGAUAGAACACCAAGUGCAAUCAUGGGACACACUGCAAGGACUCGCGUUAAAGUAUGGCGUAUCGAUGGAGCAGAUUAAAAGGGCGAAUAGACUGUACACCAAUGACUCUAUUUUCCUGAAGAAGUCACUCUCCAUCCCAGUGUUGACUGACCCUUGCAAUGGAGUUGAGCAGGCAGAACAAGUAUCCAGCCAAUCAGCUGAAAAUGUCCACAGAGUGGACCAGAAUCACAAUGUUGGGGAAGCCAAUUGGACAGAUGGUGGUCUUGCCAGUGGGGUGGACACACAGUCCGACAUCUCACCAAUGGACUUCCUGAAAAGGAUAGAUAGUUCAAUCAACCAGUCCAAACAGGCUGCUGCUAGGAAAAUUGCAGAUGGAGAGAAGGGUUUUCCAGGUGUGGAUCAGUUCCACAUCCACAGAGCCUCAGUCAGUCAAGUUAUGGAGUCCCAUAGCUUCAGCGCCUCUAACAGGGUCCACCAGCAGGCCAUGCUGGGGGCUGUCCCAAUCACUAUCACCAAGCUCACUAAGAAACUGAAGGACAAGGAGGAUGAGAUCUUUCAACUGUGAUCAUCUCUAUUCCUGAUUUGGCAAUGCUAUGGUUUAAUUGACUGCUCAUGACUGGUAAGAACUUAAGGAUCAGUGUGUGCUUGUUAUGGUUUGUUUUGAUUUUAUUUUUAUUUUUACUAUACUUUGCCUCAAACAUUUUGCAACUUUUUUAGAUGAAAGCCUUAUUUUUAAUAUAGACUGAUAUUAAUAAAAAUGGCAAAAAAUUCACUGUUCAGUUAUGAUAGAUGUUAUUUUAUGUACUAUUUAUUAUAUCAAGUUCAAGGAUCCAGCAGAAAAAAAUAAAGUGUGAAUGUGUGUGUGUCUGCAUUUUACAAAACACUGUUUUCAUGUUUAUAUGAAUUCUUUGACAUAAUUUGCCAGUUUUAGAUGUUAGACUGGCAUAUAAGCAAACCAGCAGGUAUCCUGUAGCACUUUAACUCAAUUAAAGGAUGAAAUGUUAGAAAUGGGGUAAUAAGUAUGUGCACAUGUGUGUGUGCGUACUCAUGCACGUACGUCUGAGCCUGUUCUUGUGUCAAUUAUUUAAGAUUUUUUUAUUAUAAUGGCAGACUAUGAAAAUGUGAAAGAAUAUGGAACAUUUUUAUUCCAUUCGAUAAACCUGCUAAUUUCUAGUACCCUUUGUCCAAUAUUAAAAAUAUUUUGUCUAUUAA